GAUUUAGACUCCUAUUUUCAUUUAAAGUUCGGUAGUGUUCAAAUGGGGUUUCUCUAGAUGUCGUUUUUAUCUUAUUUGUGAUGAUAAAACUUCAUCACAAUAUAUUGUACUUGUACAUUUAAAAAUUUAGCCAGGCCGAACAAAGGUUCUUUUUAGGUAUAUGUGUGCGUAUGAAGGAAAGGAAGAGUUAAACUUUAAAACACUUUCUUUAGGUUUCAUAAGUCAGUUUUGAUGUAACAUUACAUUAUUGUUAGUAUGGUAUUAUUUACUGUUUUCUUUAAGGAAUAAUAUUUUAAAACUUACAAUUGUCUUUCGGAAAAGUUAACCAUACAAUCGCAAAAGUAUUCUGAUAAAUUUUUUACAGUUUCGCCGAGUUGGGGUGGAACUACCGAGUCGUUGAAGAAUAUGUUUCCUGGGUAAACUAAUGCUAAUCGUGCUAUCAGAAAGGUGAUUUACGAAGUUAACAGACGAACCACCAUGAACACGAAGAGAUCAAUGAAUAAAAGUACAUAAAGAGUUAAAGUAGUAACCUGGAAGGAGGGGUAUGCUUUGCCAUAUAUUCUGAUGGUUAGAGCUCUAGCAGGAAAAUACUACUAGCAAGAAUAAGUAAAUUCAAAAAGACUAGGGUUGGAAACCACAACUUACACAAACAGUUAUAAUCUGUGGUUGCAUUAGUACUAAAAUAUAUAUAUAUAUUUUACAAAGUGAUGGGAGUCUGCAGGAUGUACUCGGUGAUUUUUUUUUGCCUUCACAUAUUUCUACUCUUAAAUCGAUCUUCCUACAUCUGUACUGUUCAAGCGGGAAAAGUAAGGAGGGAAUACUUCAAGAAACAAUUGAUGUGUUCCUCAAGUCCAAUCAUAUGGCCACCAAGGCUUCUGCUAACUCUCCAAAAGCACAUAGAAACGGUUGAAAACGCAGAAAACCCUGCUAUUCCACCGAUGGAUAACAACCUUAAGACAAUUUGCAUCUUUUUUGAUAACUGUCAUUCCGCCCUGGCGGAUCGACUUGCACAAAAAGGCUUUGAUUACGAUCUUACUGACUACUGUAUUCACUUUUUGUGUGAGAUUCUCGAGGAGGCGUGCAUGCAAACCUUUCUCCUGCCCCGAGAAAGGCGCAUCAUUACGUCGAUGCUACGCCAUAAAGUCCGAAAAACCGCGGUCGCACCGCGUUCUAAGGUGACGACCGAGCAAACCUCACGAAAGGUUCCCAAGAUGGAGGUGGACGCGGUGGAAACUAGGGGUGAGGGCCGAUUAUUUACCUCUUUGCUUUCCUUGGAGUACCUUUUGAGGCUCUUUUUUACUCUCCCUCCCGUUUUAGAGCACUAUGAUAAGCUCGGGGCGUCUGUGAUGCCCCCGUACGCGAAGCGACCAAUCUGGGAGUUUGUGAAUGAGUGCUUAAAUUUACUGAAUAAUAUCCCUGAUGCAUUUUCCCCAAUUAGCUCCUACAUACCUUUAAAGAAAUAACGCCCGAGAGAUUUUACCUCUGCGGUCACUGCAGCUUUACGUUAUCAAAUAGAAGUGGAGGGAAUAAAAUAUUGGGUGGAUCGGAGAAUCAAAAUUGUUCGGUGCUUGCUUAA